GUUCUUUAUAGAGCUCAUGGUUCUAAGUAGAACCAGUACCCUUACUAAAGAACGCUUGAAGAACCAUGUUUUACAAGGGUGUACUGUGGACUGUAGUACCGCUGCUGUCCACAGGCGUCAGUACAGGGGCGGUGGCGCCGCUGCUUUAACUAGCAGAGAAGAAACACGCCGCAGAACCAAAACAACGCACCGGCGAGAACGGAGAACGACAAAGUCUACAAAAUCUGUUGAACCUACAUUUAAAGUGAAUCUGCCGCAGACGUCUAAGUGGAAGUUGCAUGCAUUUGUUGGCUCAUGGGCGCACACCUGUCCCAGAGCUGCAGGUCGCUCCUGUCUAUCUCGCAUCACAGCGUUACAACACAGAGCGAUGAACUGGUGCAUGAUGAUGAUGAUGACUCCCUGGGCGGUUUGGACAGACAGGAGGACAUCGCCCAGUUUCCUUACGUAGAGUUCACUGGACGUGAUAGUAUAACUUGUCCUACUUGCCAGGGUUCUGGCCGCAUACCAUCAGGUCAGGUGAAUGAGUUGGUGGCAUUGAUUCCCUAUAGCGAUCAGAGACUGCAGCCUCAGAGGACGAAGCUGUAUGUGGGUCUGUCAGUGAUUGUGUGUUUGCUGGUCUCCUGCUUGGUGGCGUUCUUCAUGUUCCCGCGGCCCGUGCUGGUGGAGGAUGGAGGGAUCCGCUCAGUUAUUGUUGUCUUUGACCAAGAGAAAAGCCGAGUCCUCAUCAACAUGACUAGUUCUCUGAACUUCCGCAACACCAACUUCUUCACCGUGCUGGUGGACAGCGUGUAUGGUCAGGUGCUCUACAUGAAGACCGUGAUUGGCACCGAGCAGCUGGACAACAUCAUCACCAUCCAGCCCCUCAGCCAGAAACAGAUGAAUUUUACAGUCGGUGUGGAGAUCAGUGGGAGUCUGUCGUAUGUGUAUGCGUUUUGCACCAUGGCAAGCAUCAAGGUUCACAACAUCGUAGUUUUCAUGCAGACCUCAGUGAAAACAUCCUACAUGAUGCGGCGUGCCCAGAACACACUGGAAGCGUAUCGAUACAUCGACUGUGGCGCCAACUCCACCUUACACCAACCCCCCCUCCAGACUAAAGAACUGCUGAGGGAUGCACUGAUACGGAAACUGUGGGUCGAUAUUUUCAGGUGCACAUCUGCCGAUACAAAAACAUGUAUACAAUGCCAAAAUUUGGACUAAAUCUAUUUUUAUUAGCAUAACAGUGAAAUAAAAGUGUUAAAAAUGUAAAAUAAAUGAAAUGCAUAUAUUUUAGUGCAGUAACUCAGCGUCACAUAAUAAAUACGUCAUCAAAUGUCAGUUGGUCUGAUGACUAAUAUCUAUCUUUAGCCAAGACUGAUAUUCUGUUAUCGUCGUGCAUCCCUAUUGAAUUUUUUUUCUUCUGGAUAAAGUCCUCAUGUAUUUAUUUGAACAGAUAUUUUGGAUAGUUUUGAAUGAACUUUUACAGACACUCCUUUCUUGCAGGGUUAUUAUAGUUCACUGAAACUAUCACAAAAAUCUGCUCAUUAACUUUAAUAAAAAUAAAAGUGAAAGUUUUCAAAAACUUCAACUAAAUCAAAACUAAUGUUCACUGAGACGUUACUGAGAAUAAAGCUUUAGUUUUAGUGUUUUCAGUAAAUGAGAGUUUAGAAGUGUGUUUUUGUGAUUGUGUGUUCGUGUGUUUGGUCUUCAAGGAAAGCUGUAGCUGAGCUGAGCUGAGCUCAUCUCAUUCUGCUAUUGUGAUCAUUUAUUCUUUAUUUAUUUACUCUAAUCAAAUACUGGCUAUCGCAGCGUUCCUCAUAACACUGAACACUAACUAAAACUGAAACUGAACGAAAAACAAAACCAAAAUUUUAACUGUUCAGAAAUUAAAAAGUAAACUAAAACGGUUACUUUUCAGAAAAUAGAAACUAAACUGAAACUACUGAUACACACUUAAAACUAAAUGAAAUCAAAAAACUUCACAAAAAAAAACUAAAACUUCUACUAUAACUACUACUAUAACUAGCCCUGCUGUCUGACUUGCACCAAGAGAAAGCCACUGAUUAAUUAAAAGAAAAGUUCCCAUCUAUGCAAUGGAGUUUGUGCCAAAAAAACCUGUAAGACAUUUUGAAGUUGUGUUUAUUUUGCUGUACAGUAACUCCUCUCGAGCUGGCACUGGUCUGAUAUUUACUGCUGAACGGCGUGUUUAAAAGGGCAUUUUUUUCUCGAGAUGAUUUUCUGUUUAUGGCUUUUUUUUUUUAUCUGAACAUUUUCAGAAGAUUAUUAAUGGUAUUAUUUUGAUGUCUAUUUUUUUUCACUUGCUUGAAAUUUAAUGUAAAAAAAUAAGCUUGAACGUAUAGAAAAGAGCAAUAAAGAUUUAAUUUAACUCUG